AUGGGUGGCGAUCUGAAUCUCAAGAAAUCAUGGCACCCCUCACUCUUGCGCAACCAAGAGCGCGUGUGGUCGGAGGAAAAACGCGCCCUCGAAGAACGCAAGAAAGUCGAGCAACUCCGCCGUGAGCGCGAUGAAGAGCGCCAGAUCCAGGAACUCCAGCGACUACAAGAAGACUCGGGCAAGCCGCGGCAGCAUAAUCGGGUCGACUGGAUGUAUCAAGCGCCGUCGAGCGCGACAGGCCAUUACUCUGAGGAGAUGGAGGGGUACUUACUGGGCAAGAGACGGAUUGAUGGGAUUCUCUUGAAGCACGAUGAUAAUAAGAAGUUGGAGAAGGGGGCGGAUUUAAUGGGUGCACCUGCUGCUGCGCAGCCGGUCGUUGGGACGGGGAAUCCGAGGGAUAUGAUGACGAAGGUUAUGGCGGAUCCGUUGAUGGAGAUUCGGAAGAGGGAGCAGGCGGCGUAUGAGAAUGCGGUUAAGGAGGCGGCUGUGAGGGGAAAGGUGAUUGCUAGGGGUGAGAAGGAGAAAGAGAGGGAGAGGGAGAGAGAUCGUGGACAUAGGAGGAGCAGGAGGUACAGCGACGAGGAAGCGGAUUCACGGCGUCAUCGUCAUCGCUCGCAUCGGCAUCGGUCUAGGUCUCCUGCUUCACCAGAGCGGUUGUCGCAUCGGAGGCGCAGAGAUGAGAGAGAUGAUCGGGACCGCAGGGAUCGGGAUCGGGAUCGUGAGCGUAGGAGUGACCGGGAUCGCAGAGAUAGGGAUGAUAGGGAUUAUCGUUCGAGCAGACGCGAAGACCGUGAUGAGCGGCACGAUCGGCCCUCUCGCAGGGAUUCGUUACGUGACAGGUCUCCUUCUCCUCGGGCAGAUCAUCGUCAUUCUGAUAGGCGCCGCACGGAUGACAGGAACAACGACUAUUCCAGAGACCAUGAUCGGCGUGACAGGCCCUAUCGUCACAACGACAGAGACAGAAGAGAUAACAGAGGUCCCAGAGACUCGUACACUCGCGACCGUCCCAAUGACGCCGGAGCAGGAGACACGAACAAAGCAAAGGAACUUGAAGAAGAGCGCAAGCGGAAGCUAGCAGAGAUGUUGAACAAUGCAGAUGAAAUGGAAGACACUCGUCGCCAACGGAUUGCCGAUGUUACGGCUAUGGAAGAGAAGAAACGUGAGGAAGACGAGAAACAGCGCUCAGAAAAGGGUAGAUUUGUCGCAGGUCUUCAUCGUCAGCUCCAGGAAGAUAAUCUGGAUGAUCGAAUCAAGCGCAGUCGUGGUGGGCUUGCUCGGAUGGAGGACUAA